GUGAAGAUGCCGAGGCGAGGGCGUUCUCCCGAGGAUGACGGGGGCAUGCGGAGUAGCGGGGAGCCCUUGUCGAUCACCAAUGAUCGGGGGGCGGGGGGGGGCCGGCUGCGCCGCCGUGUCAAAGUCUGGUUCAUUUUUUUAAAAUAAAGAAUAUUUAUAUACCGCUUUUCAACAACAAAAGUUCUCAGAGCGGCUUAUAGAGAGCAAGAAAAAAAUAGAGUUGCCGCUGUGAGGAAGAAUGGGAAGCGGCGAGUGGCUUCGAAAGGGCAGCGGGCGCAGAAUGUGAGGGCCCCGAGCCAGUCACUGAAGCGCCGCGGGCGGGCGAAGCGGCAGCCUCCAAGUUGAAGUUGAAGGCGGCCGCAGUAGAGCAGCCCAGGCGCGCCUUGUGUCGGCCGGAACCGAAAGGGCGCCUCCUCUCUCCUCUGGAGUGAGGAGGAAGCCCCCGCGCGGCUGUCAUGGUGACGGGCGGAAAGGGCUCGCCGGUUCCUCGAGCCAGGCCCUGCUGCUGUGCUGCUGUCAAGCUUUAUUUUAAGGAACAUCCACAAUGAGUGAUAAGAAAGACACUAGUGAAUCUGCAGACACUGGAGAUUCCACAGAAAGUGGAGACUAUGAUGAUGAUUUUGAAAAAGACCUUGAGUGGCUAAUUAAUGAAGAAGAAAAGGAAAUCCUUGAUGAUACACAGAAUCAUGGUGAAAAUGAAGAGGAUGUUGAAACAAGUAUUGACAAGGACUUAGACAGAGAAGACGGAAGAAACUAUUCACCAGAGCCACUUAAGCCUGAGGAAAUACUGAAGGACAGGGAAGAAAACUCUUCACAAGAGCCUGAGGAAAUACUGAAGGACAGGGAAAAUAACUCUUCACAAGAGCCUUUUGAGCAUGAGGAAGUUCUGAAGAAUGAGGGGCCACAUCACACAACAAGUGUAGCUGAACAUGAUACUGAGCAGCCAUCUGAUACUGAAAGCGAAGGCUCCUGUCAGGAAUCAAAGCUAGAAGAUCAAGAGGACUUGGAUGAAGAUGAUGAAGAUAUAAAGCGUUACAUCCUGGAAAAAAUUGAAGAAGCCAACAAACUUCUGUUAUCUCAGGAACCUUUGGAUGAAACAAAAGAGAGGAAGCUAAAAUUCAAAGAUAAUCUAGUAGAUCUGGAAGUCCCCCCUCUGAAAGCUAUAGGCACUGAUAAAAAUAACCUUUACAGGGAAAGGGACAUUUCAGGUAGGCUCUCUCAGUUGUGCCUUUCUAAUAAAGGAGAAGAUAUAUCUCUUUCUGUUAAUGGUAGUACAGAUGAUGAGCCCAAGGAUGGCAAGAUCCUAGUAGAAAGAGAUGGGAAGUUUGAACUCCUGAGUAUCCGUGACAUUGAGAGCCAAGGGUUCUUCCCUCCACUCAGUGUUUCUUUUAGUGAUAUUGAAGCUCAGCAUAUUUCUCCCAAAACUUCUUACACUACUGCCUUUGGCACUAUCUGUCUAACAAAAGAAGAGUCCUUAAUAAAACCAUCUUGCUCUCCUUCCAGAGAAGAAUUUCUUUAUUUUCCUCAGCCACCAUCCAUUCGACCAUGCUCUGCCAUCAACAUUACAAGGAAUGUGGAAAGGGGGAAAAGUCCACGCAGGGUGCAGUCAGCAAACAUAGCUAUAAGAAGCUCUACGUACUGCCUGUCACCUAGACAAAAAGAACUGCAAAAACAAAUUGAGCAAAGAAAAGAGAAAUUAAAGAGAGAGGAAGAAGCACGGAAAAGAGUACAAGAGGAAACCAAAAGGAAAGAAAAUGAUUCGGUAUUUAAAGCUUGGCUGCAAAAGAAAAAAGGACAAAUUCAAGAAGAGAAACGAAUUCAGCGUGCAAAAGAGCUGGAAGAUUUAAAUAGCAGACUUACCGAUAUAGAAGGGCAUGGACAAUAUGGGGGAGGAGGAGGAAUACUGGUCUCUGCAAAGGACUGUAUAGUGGAGAAAAGGUUAAAGCAGGAGAGCAGAAAUCCAGAAGAAGCCUACAAGUCAUGGCUCAAAAGAAAACAACUAGAGCAUGUGAAAGAAAAACAGGUUCAAAACCUGAAAGAGCAGGAAGAGUGCAUGCUGUUCCUUCCAAGACCAAUGGAAAGUGAUAAAGCGUAUAAACAAUGGCUAAGAAAGAAAAGACGGGAGAAGCGAGCAGAGCAACUAGCUGCCAAAGAGCGAUCCAAGCAGUUUAGGCAGGAAGCCAGAAGAGCAAAACAAAUAGAGAAUAUUCUCUGUUCCAUUUCUGAACCCAAAUCUUUUCGCUUCACAGACCAGUUCAGCUGAAGUUUAGUGUCAUCAGGUGCCUGGAAGAUGUCAGACCGUACCUUGUGUAGCUUGAGUGGCUGCCCCCUGGAAGGAGCUUCUCUUGUGAUAUGUUCUACACUCCUUCAAUAAUGGCUUAAAAAUUCUCAGUGAUCUUAUUUCUUUUCCUCUAAACUUGAAAAUUCUUUGUGAAUGGGUUGGGGAGUUUAGUUCAACAUAAUAGAAUAAAAUGCCCGUAUGGCAAAAGCAGUGUAAAUCAUUUUAAAUAACUUGUCUCAAGACAUGGACAACUUCAACUCAAGCAUUUUGUGUAAAAUCUAGUUAACUAUAGCAAGUGUUACAGGACCUGUGACAAGGACCCAUUCAUUGCUUUAAUGACUGCUGUUUCUCCUUUAUGGGAGAAGGGGAAUUAAGUGAAGAUUGCUAAACAGAAUCAACAAGAGCUAUCUUAUGAAAUGAAUUCAAAGUAUCCACCAUUCGAGAAGUAUUUUCUGCUCAUUCUCUGUUGAGUUACUGGUGGACAUGAGGGAAAUUGUUCAAAGUAGUCCUAUUGAAAUUAAAGGAUAAAUUAGGCACUUAAUUUCAACUUUUAGCAACACUCUUGUUAGCCACUGUUAUGGAAAUAAAUCUGACUCUUGGAAGCAUUAUAUGGCAGUGCAAAACCAAAAACCAAGCAUAAACAGACUAGAUGAGUAUUAGAAGAGACCGACUACAGCAGAGGUUGCCUUUAAGCAUUCCAUGCUUACAUCUCAAGAGCAGAUAGCAUAUUUACCUAAGGUUGUUUCUUCAUAAAAAGCAGCACUUGUUCUUCUCAAACUUAUUAAAACCUAAAAGUUAUAAGGA